AUGAAUUAAUCAAAAUAUAUAAAUGAAAAUCUCACUUCUAAACAAAAAUUUAUCAAAGACUUUCUAAUAGGAUCUCUAAGCUAUUUUACGACAAUCCUAAUCUGCACUCCAUUACAACGUUAUCAAAUGUUAAUCAUCCAACAAUAAAGAAAUCCUUUCAAAAGUCAUCAUAAAACACUGAUCCAAAUUUUAUAUGAACGUACUGAAGUAUGAUCAAUGUAUUGAUCCAAAGGGCAUCAAUCAUCUCUGGAGAAGCCAUCCUGAUGAUCUUAGAUAUAUAUUAUCUCAUGGAUUAUUGUUUGCCAUCAAUGACACAUACAAAAAACUUAUUAAUUCUUAUUUUCAAGAUGAGAAACAUUCUAAAAAUGCUUUCAUAGCAGGAGCCUUUGCUGGGAUUACUCAUUUAUUUUUAAAUUAUCCUUUUUUAGUAGCAAGAUUAAAAUUAAAAGAUCCUGAAUAUAAAAAGAUUUCUCUUAUUGAAAACACUUUUAUAUCUCAAUUCAUAAGAAUUAUAAAAACUGAAGGAAUUCUUACAUUAUAUCGAGGUUUUCCUAUUGCCUUAUUGAGCACUGCAAUUUAUAGAUCAAUAUAUUUUGGAGGAUAUAAUCAUUUCCAAAAAUAUUUAUAAGUGAUUCCAUUCUUUAAUAAUAUUAUUACUAAAAUAGCAUUAUCAUUUAUAAUAACUACUAUAGCAGAAAUAGUUUCAUAUCCAUUUGAAUAAUUAACUCCAAAGAAAUGUAUAUUGAUUCUCUAAAAUAGCAAGAACAUAUUAUAAUGAUAUGACAGAAAUUAUUGGAAAAUAUAGAACAAUGAGAGGUUGUUUAGCAAUUGUAUUUUAUGGAGAGUUAUUUUCUAUUUAUGAUAAAGUGAUGACAUCAUUUAUAUUGGAUAGAGAUGAAUUAAAUUUAUGA